GGUGAGACUCCCCCCCCCCCGGCCACGCGCGCUCUCCCGCCACGCCGGCCUCGCUCGCCGCACUCGCGACUUUCGCAGCGCAACUCGCGACUUUCGCAGCGAAACUUACAACACACUCGUCUUCGUCUUCAUUCAACAACGCGAGCAGGACGCGACUCAGCCAUCAUGCCGAAGGUUAAGUCCAAGAACAUGGGCCUGGAGACGGUGAAGUUGGAUCCCGCGGGGUCAGUGCGGCUCCUGGAAGAGAAGGUCCGGCAGAAGCACAGGAGCCGGCUCGUGCUGGGCCAGCGGGAGGAGGAAGAGCGCCGGCUGGAGCAUCUGGUGCUGGGAGGGCAGGACGAUUUCAUACACAAGCUGGCGUCCACGCAGCCUCUCAAGCUCUCAACCGCUGCAUCAGACUCCAGCGAUGACGAAGAGGUGGCUGAUGAGAAGCAUCAGGUGGAGAAGCAGCCUGUCUGGGAGGACGAGGACGACGCUGACAACGCCAAUGAGUUGGUGGACAUGAAGCACCAGUACCGCAGGGAGUUUGUGCGCCACGUGGACGAGAAGACGCUGCCCAGGGCCAAGCUGCAGCAGCGACUCAAAUCCGAGUUCGAGAAGGCUAUGGGCGGCGUUCCCGAUUGGGCUGACCUGUCCCGCGUCAAGAAGAAACGCCAGGCGAAGCACGACAGCGGCGAUGAGCAAGAAGAAGAUGACGGUGAGGACGACCUUCUCACCAGGACCGGGAACUACCUCGCAUCCUCGGAGAGCCUCCCCAAGGGCAUUCUACGGAUGAAGAACUGCAUCGCAGCAAACCAGCAGCGCACGUCGGAUGGUCGCCUCACCUCCGUGCAGUUCCACCCCAGUGCGGCCGUGAUCCUCACCGCCGGACUGGACAGGUCGCUCUCCCUCUUCCAGGUGGAUGGUCAUACCAACCCGAAAAUCCAGAGUGUGUUCCUGGACCGGUUCCCGGUGUACCGCGCGAGGUUCUCCGCCGACGGGGAGAAGGUGAUCGCGACCGGAAUCCGCAGCAAGCCCUUCUACGUGUACGACAUGAUCGCCGGCAAGAUCACGCCCAUCCUCGCCAUCCGCGGCUUGGAGGAGAAAUGCAUAAAGCGUUUUGAACUCUCUCCCGACGGACGGUUCAUGAUGGUGUUGGGGACAUCGGGAGUUCAGCACCUAAUCAGUCUGAAGGCCAACGAGCUGGUGGGAAGCAUGAAGGUGAACGGGCAGGCCAACGCCGCCACCUUUUCCGCCGACGGAAAGAACGUUUACACCACAACAGACGAGGGCCAGGUGUACGUGUGGGACGUGGACAGUAGGCGUUGCGUCAACCGCUUCACGGACGACGGCUGCGUCAACGGCUCGAGCAUCGCCGCCUCUCCCGACGGCCGCUACCUCGCCUGCGGGUCCGUGAGCGGCGUGGUGAACCUGUACACGUGCGACGAGUGCCACUCCAAGCCCAACCCCGCACCCCUCAAGGCCCUCAUGAACCUUGUCACCCCGGCAACGAGCCUGGCCUUCAACUCCACCUCCGAGAUCCUCGCCAUGGCGUCCAAUGCGGCCAACGAGGCUGCGAGACUGGUCCACGUCCCGUCCCAGUCGGUGUUCUCCAACUUCCCCGUAUUUCGCCGCAAGACGAUUUACCUUGCGCAGACGAUGGCCUUCUCGCCACACAGCGGCUUCCUCUCGAUCGCAAAUAACAAGGGCUUGGCGCUGCUGUACAGGUUAAAACAUUAUUCAGACUUCUAAGAAGACCUGCUGCACGUCCAGAUGAACGAAGACUGAAAGAUGGGGGGACGUUUUAUGCGCUCACGGGAGUCUUGUAUAAAAAGGACCUCAAUAAACCUGUUUGCAGAAGCUUGAUGUUUGUGAAUUGUUAAAGACUCAUAUUUUUUUAAUUCCUUUUCAAACGUUUUUAUAUUGUACAUACAGUGCAACAUCAAAUCUACUUUACAGUUGUAACCCAACCUUGCACUAAAACGAAAACCUAUUUGUCUGUAAUGCGUACAUCCUGAAUGUAUGAAACCCGCAUCCGUGAUUGAUGGUGCAUGCCCAUAAUAUUGUUCAGGCAGGUAGCUCUGCCACUUGUAAUGUGUUCUCUCCUUGUCUGAAGCGUGCGCCCAGCUUUGGUUGCCCUAAUAAAGAUUGCGCGAGAUUGCUUCCACGCGAUCCUCAAGAGUUUUCAAUAAUGUUGUAUUAUGUACCGAGCGUGCCAUUCAUCAAAUCAGACAGGCCCGGGGCGAUGAGAGAGAGGGCGAGGCGGGAGUUCUAUUGCUCUCUCGCCAGGUACCCCCCACCCACCCCACUGUUCAGCAGCCUCGGUGUGCACCCAGGAGCAAGUUUUAUUUAAAAUCUUCCCAUGUAUUUUGCAAAACACAAUUGUGAGCGUCGUUGUGUAGAAUUUAACAAAAAAUACGCAUAUCUGCCCCUCUACGUAAAAUGUUAGUUUUUGCAAAUCCCAUCGGCCAUGGUGUGGGAGUACAUGAUUUCAAGUUUGCUUGUGUUGAAUUAAUGCUGCUGAAAUUGUACACUCCCAGAACGUUGUCAGAUUGGAUGUGUAAACACGAAUAUUUUGUGGAGGGACCUAUGUGUGAAGGAUGGGAAUGGCUGUACUGUCGAAUGCAUC